AAACGGCAAAAACCAUUUCCCAGCUCUUGUGUGUUGAAUUUUCUCUCAAGUCUCAACUCUCGAAAAUGGCUGAUCGGAAGCUGUUCUGCACGUAUCUCCUCGCCGCCGCCGCCACCCUUGUUCUCUGCUCAGCUCUCUCCACCUCGGCGGCCACCACUUACAUGGUCGGAGACAACUCCGGCUGGGACAUAAGCACCGAUCUCGACACUUGGACUCAGGACAAGACUUUCAACGUUGGAGAUUCUCUCUUGUUUCAGUAUAGAUCCUCUGACACGGUGGAAGAAGUGAACAAACCGGCUUUCGACAGCUGCAACACGACCGACGCCAUCAGGACGUUCAACAACGGCAACACGACGGUGGAAUUGGACAGGCCUGGACCGUGGUACUUCGUCUGCGGCAACAGGCUGUACUGCCUUGGAGGGAUGAAGCUUCAAGUGAACGUGGCGGGGAAUGCAGAGUCGCCGGUCGGUUCGCCGGAGGCACAGCCAGGGGAUUCCAACCCUUCUUCCAAGAACAACUUGCCUUCUUCUGGGUUCGUCCAUGGCGGCAGAAGGGAGUCUGUUGUCAAUGCUCUUGUAGCGUUUGUGGCUGCAGCUAGCUUGUUUCUUCAUAUCUGAUGAGGGUGUUGGGCUUUUGGGUUUAUUGCAGAGUGUUUCAUUUUGUUACACAAUUUGUUUUAUGUGCAUAUGGGCCACACUACUAAAGCCUCGAAAUAUGAUGGAUUUUCAGUGGGAU